AUGCCCAGUCGGUCGCCCUUGUCUGAACCCUCCACUCUCGUUAUGCAGGAAGACUAUAGUGAUCCUGCCAUGAUCAUUGAACGCUUGAUCGCCACAGAGGGCGCUCUGGGACUAGGAAGAAUGAUUCAGGAAAAUCGAGACGAAAAGGAGAACGCUUCUCCAAGAAACAGUAUUAAGGGGGCGGCGACGACGACGACGUUGGCGGCGGCGGCGGCAGAAAGUGGACGGCACAAGGCAGAGCGGAGAACGGAGGAGGGCGGACGUGCCACGAAUGGGAGUGGGCGGCGGAAGGCGGUGAUGAACCAAGACGCGGCGUGA